UCUCCCUCCGGUCAGUGUGGCCGCUUGUCUGGAGCAGGAGAGAGGAGUGAAUUGGGUCAAAUAUCUUUGUGCACAGUGGAUUGCCUGCUCCGGUCCAGGGACCCCAGUUUGAGAACUGCUGCUGUGAUGUCUUGAUGUCUCAAACUUGGGCCUUGUGGACUCGGACUUGACUUGGACUCGAUGAAGGUGGACUUGACAGUGAGAGAGCUGCAAGAGAUGAAAAGACUGAUUCAGUGUUACUUAGCCUGGAACUUUUUCACACUGUCGGUUGCUCUGCACAUCCAGCUCUAUACUUUUACUGAAUUGUCUCGAGGUUAUGGUGAGAGCUCCGCCAUAAACAACAUGUGUCUCAGAGAUUCUCUGCAGUCUCUCAAACCUUCAUCCUGUGUGUGGAUCACUUCCUGUUUUACUGCAGCAGCGUUCAGCAGAUUCACUGAAACUUCUCACCCGCCUGGCGGUGAACCGUCACAAGGUUCACACUCUAAACUCCUACUCACCUUCAUGGGUCAGAUCAUCUCCAGAGAUGGCUUUUCACCCAAAAGUGUCAAAGUUAUUUUCUCAUUGUCACAGCCCACCAUGAUAAAGGCUCUUCUCUCUUUUCUUGCUCUUAUUUCGGACUCCUCCUGCAUUGUGAAGCCACUUCAUGCUCUUACUCAGCCUCAUUCUGCCUCUUUUUGCUCCAGUUCAGUCGAUCACUGAGACAACAUGCUCUUCAGAAGCUGAAAUCAGCUUUCCCCCACAACCUACCCCCCCACUCGCUCUGCCUGAAUCUGACAAACCAUACACCCAGUGCGUGGAUGUAAAGAAUGGGUGGUUGACAUCGAUCCUGCUCCAUCCUCAUGGGGAUAAGCUCUGCCCUGUGGCAUAAAAAGAUCAGAUGACACUGACGGUUUCAAUUAGAUUCUUUAAAAAUUAAUGUCAACAGAUUAGCUGAUGGACUCUCAAGAUCAAUAAUAUUAAAGUUCCUUUUUUGUUCAUCUGGAUGCAUUAUUGAGACGUACUAUUCUCCUGUUUGAAAGAAAUUCAUUUCAAGUCAGUCAAAUUUGAGUCUUUUGAGUUGGGUGGCCCCCAUAAGACCUUUUAAACUAACCUGUGCUGUUCUUCACCUUGGUAAUGGCUGUUGUGCAGCACUGAGGUGACGUUUGUGGUAUGAGACAACCGCUUCUCGGAUCUCGGACGGCCUCGGGCAACAUCCACUAUGUGAGAGACGGGUGUGCUGGCGCCGCCCUCCCGUCCUACGUGACAGGCUGGCUUUUCCACCUGCGGACGAGUUCGAGAAGAGCAAGAAGACACCUGUCUGCGUUCAACCCCCGCCGCUCUCAGACAUGGUGGCUCGCAGACGGAAGCUGCUGGGCAUAGUUAUCAUCACCUCAGCCUGCGUGGUGCUGUCCCUCCGUUUACAUGGCUUGUUAUCCAACGUCAGCGGCCAGGCAGCUUUGUCGAGCAGAGCCGCAGAGGGUGAAGGCUCGGUGGAAAAUGAUCUUAAAGGAAAUCUGAAGCAGAGGGUCACAGCUGAGACCCCGAUUCCCAUCAUCUUCAGAAAGUCCUUCAACAAACUGCCUCAGUGGGAUUUUGAGGACACUUAUAACCAGGACGCCCCACCGAGACCAACGAAAUGUGUCAAGUCUCUGAGAAACCUGAAGGACGAGCAGUUCAAGAAGGCUUUUCUCCCCAACCUACGUUUGUACCUGCACAAAGACAACAUCAACGUGAGCGAGUGGAACCGGCUGUCACAUUUUAACAAUCCCUUUGGUUUUAUGGAGUACGAGUAUGACGAGGUGAUGCCUUCACUGAAGCUGAUCCCAAAGCCGAAGGAGCCUCUUCUUCUUCCAAAACCAGGAGGUGACGGCUGCGUCCACUGUGCAGUGGUGGGAGGUGGAGGAAUCCUCUACGGCUCCAAAGUGGGGAAAGAAAUCGACGCUCAUGAUUACGUCUUCCGCGUGAACGGCGCCCUCACCAAGGGUUUUGAGGAGGACGUCGGAAACAAGACGUCCGUCUACGUUCACACGGCGUACUCCCUCACGUCCUCCGUCUCUAUGCUCAGAAGCUACGGCUACACCGCCGCCCCACACGACGAGGGCAUCAAGUAUGUGCUGAUCCCCGAGCAGAUCAAUGAUUUCCAAUGGCUCCCGGCUCUUGUCAAAGGAGAAAGAGUUCCGUCUGGUCCAUUCCAGGAUGAGUGGCCGAGAACCUACUAUUCGGGGCAGUACAACGAAAGUCGCUUCUACGUCCUUCAUCAGGACUUCCUUCGAUACGUGCGGAACAGGUUCUUGAAGUCUGAGAGUCUGACCACCACUUUUUGGCACGUCGUCAGACCAACCAGCGGAGCGUUCACUCUCUUCCUGGCCUUACACACCUGUGACACAGUGAGCGUGUACGGAUUCAUGACUGACAACCAUGAAAAAUACUCCAACUACUAUGUCGAAAAGGACGAGAAAACCAAAGUGACCUUUUUCAAGAAGCACGACUACCUCUUGGAGAAAGAGACCUGGAAAUGGCUCCACAACAGAAAGAUCAUCCGGCUGUACCAGAGAACUGAAGCAGACUCGAGGACUGAGAAGCAGACAUAACGCCAAUGUUUUAUGGAUUUUUAAUUUCAUUUUAUAUUUUUACUUGGUUGUCCCAAGUGGUGUUCCAAGAACACUGUGGGCCACAUUAACAGUUGCAACAGUUUUUCAGUCUGAUGAGGAACAACAACAUCCAGUGGCUCCCUUAUCCUGAAUAUGGAUCAUUUGAUCACCCAGAUCAGGAGCCAAAAACCAAACAUUUAUUUAGCCUGUAGAGAACGUUUCUGUUCCACCAUUUUAUUUAAGACGAAAUUUAUUCCACUUGAAGUGAGUUAGUCUUAGAAACUUCAUUAGAUUCAAACUAUCUGUAGCAGAACAAAAACCCACAGUAAUCAGAUGUGGAUUUGAUAACUGAUCACAAUUUUGAUUUGUUGACCCUCACUGAAUCCUGGUUACACUGGAAGAAUAUCCUUGGCCUAAAUGAAGUGAGCCUCAGUACUCAUAUUAUUGAUCAUAUUCCACUCACUCUGAACCUCAGAAGCCAGUUCUAUUUGUGAUAAUGUAUUUUCCUACAGUUUGUAUCUGAAUUAUAGUAGGCAACUUUAAAAUUCAUGUAGAUGUGGACAAUCAGUGUUUACCUCAACACUGCAUUCAGUUCAUCACAUGAUACAGUUGGCUUUUGCCAGAAGGUGCAUAAACCUAGUCAUUAUUUCAAUCACACCCUUCAUCUGAUUCUCACUUUUUAUAGCUGCUGAUUAAUUAACAGUUUUCCUCCACAACCAUCUGCUGUCAGACAACUUCCUGAUGUUUGAAAUACAUGAACGGCUUUAUGACUGGAGUGAGACGACUGUU